AUGCGUAUUAAAUUACCAUCUGUAGCUGCCAUUUGUGACCAUACCGGAAUAUCAGAUAGAGCUGCUGCAGCUAUAGCUAGUGCCGCUUUACAGGACUUGGGUAUAAUCACAGGGGAAGACAAAACCAAUGCAUCUGAAGCUCCAUCAAAUAGUAAAUUGGACAAGCUUGUCGACUUUCCACAGCUUCCUUGUUACAAGCAAGCCGUGGAAAGAUCUGUGAAACUGGUGACCGAAUCGGCUCAAAAUAUCUGUGGUUCUAUUCCAAUAGAAGGAUAUAUAAGAGCAAAACGUGACUCACAAGAAAAAAAAGUUUAUUGUGUCAAAGAACUAGAAUCUUAUGUGUGUUAUAAUCAAAAAAUAUAG